AUGGAGCAGCAGGACUGCCACAGAAGGAGCCCCUCUGGGCUUGGGCUUGUUCGAUCUGCAUUUAGACCCGUGGUGGGCCGGAGAGGCCUGAUUCCCUUUGUCCCAAGGCCUGGGCCUCUGGAGCGAAACCUUCUUGACCAGAGCUCCAGAGAUGAAGUUAACCCCUGCUCCCAGGCUUCCUGCAUGAGCUUGUCGACCCUGCGAAAUGUCAUCAUCAUCAGCUCAUGCAGCUCUGCGGGUGGUUCACCACAACCGCCCAGGAGUCCUCCAGCCCCCAGCCCCGUCCAGCUGCCCUGCUGCCUCUCCAAGGAGCUGAAGGAGAAUGGUUUCCAGUCUCUGUGUUCAAUGCCACAAGUUUCCAAGAAGACUGAGUAUGAGAAGGUGGCAGACACAACACCAAGGCAGACAAAAUCCUCCAGGAACUGCGUACACACAACUCGCAGAGCUAGGUCACAAAAACGCAAGAUUCCCCUGCUGCCACGUAGGAGGAACCGUCUGAGGCUGCCACCACCUCUGAAAGUGGGCUAUCGAGUCACCCCUGAACACCUAGACUGGGAGAAGGAGACCGCAUUCCGUCGCAUCAACCGCAAGUUACAGGGUGAGUCUCUGGCCCCCCAGGGCAGCAACACUGCACAGUCUUUUCUUUCUCUGCCUGCCUCAGGAACUGCUCCUCCGUCUACUGUCUCUCCAGUGCCCUGCAAAAAGGCAGGGAAAAGAAAGUGCAUAACGGAGCAGGAUUCUCUUGAUCCAUGGGCCCUCCUGGCAUGUACUGCUGUGACCACCACCUCAGCUUCCAGUCCCUCCUCCUCAGAGCUGCUUCUGGGCCCCUUUUCACCUUCCAUGGCCACAGCCUCUGACUCGUUACUGACCCCUGCCGGCAAGGAUGGCUCCAGGAGAGAAACUCUUGCGGUGCCUGGUCCUUCAGCUGGAGAGGCCCUUCUCCACAGGAAGGGAAAGUGCAAGUCCGACUGGGAGCCCCCUCUGAAUGGUGACCAGCUGGGCCCUUCGAGUUCCAGGGCUUCUGAAAGAGCAGCAGCAGGUGCUGGGUCUGCCUUCCCUGCCAUCCCUAGCACCUCCAAAAUGGAGUCUCUGUCCCCAGACUGGGGAAGCUCUCCUGUCUCCUCACAGAGGCACUGUCCCACUGCAGAUCCCGGCGUCCCAUUCUUUCCCAGUCUUCCAAAGGCUGCCUCUGCCCAGUAUGACAGCCUCUCAGCCAGCACAUCUGCAGGCCUGGCCACGCUGUCAGUGACUGACUUCUGGCUCACCCCCCUGGACAACACAUCCCUGCCCCAGCCGCUCCUCCCGGAGCCUGCUGCUAGCUCCAGUGGGAGCUCUUGCCCCUCUGUCCAAGUGACUGUGACACCUUCCAGCAGCAGCAUCUCCUCAGCCAGGGAUGCCUCCACCCUGCCAGGACUGAGGUUCUUCCACAUGGCCACACAUGAGGGAAAUCCUACUGAGUCUGCAUCCAGCAAUGAGCUCAUGUCAGGGGCCACUGAUGGGCAGCAGCACAGGGCCACCCCCUCUCUCAGCAUGCUCUAUUUUGGAGACGUGGAAGCUAUGGCUCUGGGCCUGGGCCUGGCCCCAACCUCUACUUCAGGCCAGUCAGUUUUGAGUAGCAUCACACAAGCAGCCACUGGGGCUUCCUUGCACACAAAUAUGACCUCUGAGACUGGUGCCAGCAAUCAGCUGGACUCCAGUGUCAUCCAGGGUCUUUCCCCUGCUGGUAGCUUCAUUGCCUCUGCUUCUGCCACCACCUUUGCGAUUCAUGACAGCACCCAGACGGUCUCCAGUGUCACCCAGGAUCUUUCCUCCCCUGCUACAUCCAUUACCUCUGCUUCUGCCACGGCCACCCAUCUGUGCAGUGCUGUGAACCAUAUUCAGGAAAACAGGCAGCCCUUGUCAAUGCGGGCUAAAAGAAACCCAGUCACGGGGACAUGGGCAGUCUCGACAGUACCAGAGGGCUCUGAGGGUGAAGAGCUGCCCCGAGAUUUUAUAACCUCUUUUGAAGCACUGAGCAUCUCUUCAACUGGAAAAGGAGCCUCAAGCACCACAAACUACCAUGGAGGAAGUGUGGGCCUCAGCCAUAGCAACCCCAUGGUGGCCGUGGGACCCAGCACCAUGAAAACUUCCAUGUGUGGAGAGCCUAAGACCCCUGUUCUGAGUCCUAUCCCCACAGACCCACUGAAGCAGAAGCGGCCAAAUUCACCUAGAGAACCCAGUGACAUGACAAGCAAGGCUGCUUCAAAGUGCAAACCCAAGUCAGCCUCUAGGUCUGGCAUUCGUGCUGCUCGCGAGAGCAAAGUCAGGAGGAAGCUUGUCUUUAGGGUCACCUCAUCACCUGCCCAGGUCUCUGGACACACAUCUCCUGAAACAGACACUGAAUCAUCUUCCUGUAGCUCAGAAUCCAUUUCUGUGGAUUCUAAGAGGCCAAAGCUGCCCUGA